AUGGCUCCAGCAUUCGACAGCAGCCACCUGCUAGAAAUAUUCCUUCAAGGGACUCACUCGGGCAUGAAGAUCACCUGUGGGGAUUUUACUUUCAAUAUGCACCGGGCUAUCGUCUGCCCUCAAUCCUCCUUUUUCGAAGCUGCUAUGCGCGACCGGGGGUUGAAAAAGGAGCCAAUCAGCGGCGUCAUUGACCUACCUGACGACGAUUAA